AUGGCUCCAAACAUGACAGCUCCAGAGCCGAUUGCCAUCAUUGGCAUGAGUUGCCGCUUUCCAGGUGGUGCUUCGGAACCAUCCCGUCUGUGGGACACCCUCUCUGAAGGGAAGUCGGCGUGGAGUGAAGUUCCUGAAGACAGAUUUAAUAUGAAAGCUUUUUACCAACGCGGAGAUCCUCAUGCAAGCACGACUAAUACCGCUGGUGGUCACUUCUUGGAUGAAGACCUGUCCAAAUUCGACAGCAACUUCUUUGGAGUCAAACCCUUGGAGGCUCGGGCCUGGGAUCCUCAACAACGUCUCACCCUCGAGCUUGCCUAUGAAGCAUUUGAGAAUGCUGGCUUGACCAUCCCACAGCUUUGGGGAUCCAACACUGGCGUGUAUGUUGGCCAGUGGAGUUCGGACUACAGCGAGAUUCUGGCGAGAGAUCCAGAAUACCAGGAACUCUACCAUACUCUCGGCGCUGGCCCGGCAAUCACGUCCAACAGAGUCUCAUUCUUCUUCAAUCUGAGAGGCCCAAGUUUCACAGUCGAUACAGGCUGCUCAUCAAGUCUCGUCGCAUUGCACAAUGCCGUACAGAGUCUGCGCAAUGGUGAGAGCACGAUGAGUCUUGUCGGCGGUGUCAACGUCUUGCUAGAUCCUCAACGGUUUACCUACCAGAGCAAACUUAAGAUGUUCUCACCCGAUGGUCGCUCAUUCUCAUUUGAUCAUCGCGCCAAUGGAUACGGAAGAGGAGAAGGCUGUGGAUGUGUCGUCUUAAAACCACUUUCACUCGCCGUUAAGGAUGGCGACCGAAUCCGAGCCGUGAUUCGAAACUCGGCACUGAACCAAGACGGCAGGACACCUCAGGGCAUCAGUGUCCCAAGUAUGGUCGCGCAGGAGGAAUUGAUCCGGCGGGCGUAUGCUGAGGUUGGGCUGGUUCCCACCGAGACAGACUAUGUCGAGGCCCAUGGAACAGGUACUGCAGUUGGUGAUCCAAUCGAGGCUCAAGCCAUUGCUGCUGUACUUGCUCAAACCAGGAAGCCAGGACAAGAGCCAUUGUCUCUAGCUUCUGUCAAAGGAAAUAUCGGUCACACAGAAAGUGCGGCUGGCAUUGCAGGACUGAUCAAGUCCGUCUUGAUGCUUGAGAACCAGGCUAUUCCUCCUCAAGUUAAUUAUGAGAAGCCAAAUCCCAAGAUUCCGCUGGAUAAAUGGAAUCUCCAGAUUCCGAUUCGAUUCGAGGAGAAACAACUUCGCCGCAUCUCUGUGAACAGCUUUGGAUAUGGCGGCACUAAUGCUCAUGUGAUUGUCGAUCGCGUGGAUGAGCAUAAUCACAGCAACGGUACAAACGGUACCAAUGGUACUCAUCAUCAUAAUGGCACCAACGGCUCAAAUGGCAAUGGCACCAAUGGUACCAAUGGCACUAAUGGCACUGAUGGCUUCCAUGAUACUGAGAGUAUAUCCGACAGUAUCUCAGACAGGCCUCGUGUUUUCGUGUUGAGUGGUGCCGAAGAGCAGAGCUGCCAUCAAAAUGCAGAGCGCCUCGCACAAUAUCUCACGAAACUUCCGGCAUCUCUGCUGGAGGACUCAGAUGGUUUUCUUGACAAGCUGGCUGUGUCGGUCAAUAAGCGCACUGUUCAUGACUACAGUGCUUCUGUCAUUGCUUAUGACGGAGAGGACCUGCUUGCACAGCUUGAUGUCCUGCAGCAGACUCCUGUCGCAAUCAGAGCACCUGUCAAGGGAGGAGCUCGUGUUGGUUAUGUAUUUGGAGGUCAGGGAGCCCAAUACUAUAGCAUGGGUCGGGAAAUGAUCAAGUCUUGGACACCUUUUCGUCAAUCUCUGGACAGAGCCAAUGCUCACCUCAAGACCAUGGGAUGUCAGUGGGAUCUUCUCACCGAGUUGAGCCAUGAGAAGGCUCAGGACUCUCAUGUGGAUGAGCCAGAAUAUGGACAGACCCUCUCAACUGCCGUUCAACUGGCUUUAGUCGACACGCUCGUCGCUACGAAGAUGCGGCCGACAUCUGUCGUCGGUCACUCGAGUGGAGAGAUUGCUGCAGCUUACGCUGCCGGUGCCCUCUCAUUUGAAGACGCACUAACAGUGGCGUAUCACCGUGGCCGUCUCACAUCUCAGUUGAUCAGUACUGGCAUUUCCGGCGGUAUGCUUGCCGUCGGCUCAUCACCUGAUGCAGUUCAAGACUACAUUGAGCAGGUCAAGGCAACUACCAAAGCCAAUGUCAAGAUCGCUUGCUACAAUAGUCCUACGAGCGUCACACUUUCUGGCGAUAGCGAAGCUAUUAAUGCUAUCUCCGAGCUGCUCCAGGACGAUGAUGUUUUCAACCGCAAGUUGAAGACACAGGGAGCUGCGUAUCACUCACAGAUGAUGCAGGCGAUGGAGGAAGAAUAUCGAUCGGCCAUUGCGUACAUCCAACCACGCCCCGUGGAUGCACCAGUUACCAUGAUGUCUUCACUACUAGGAAAGAAACUGCCAGCUGGUUUCUUGCUGGAUGGAGAUUACUGGGCUCGAAACCUUGUGUCGCCGGUUCUCUUCGCUGGAGCUCUCAGGGGCAUCAUGGUAGGCGAUGAGCAUGACGGAUCAUCACAACAUAGUCCCCAGGUCGAUCUCCUUCUUGAAAUAGGCCCUCAUGCUACAAUGCAAGGUGCAGUCAAGGAAACAUUAAAGGGACUGGGAUCUUCGGUUCGCAUCCAAUACCUGUCUUGUCUCAAGAGAAAGACAAGCGCAGCCGAAAACAUGCUACGCACCCUGGCCGACCUGUUUGCUCUGGGUGCCUCUGUUGAUCUCCAUUAUGCAAACGCCGGGUUUCGCACAAAGCUGCCACCUAUCCUAAAGGACUUGCCGCCAUAUGCCUUCAACCAUGAUCAACGUCUCUGGCAUGAUGGUCGCAUAUCCCAUGAGUUCACUCAUCGCCAGUUCCUCCCUCAUGAGCUUCUGGGUAACCUUUCCGCUGAUGUCAAUCAUACUGAGCCUAGGUGGCGUCGUUUCUUGAGACUCAAGGAGCUCCCUUGGCUGCAACAUCACAUUGUGCAAGGUCAAGUCAUCUUCCCAGCAGCUGGUUAUCUGGCAAUGGCCAUGGAAGCGAUGCGUCGCUUCACGGCAUUUGAGACUGAGAAUCAGUCCAAAGCGACUGCCGGCUAUUCAUUCCGCAACACUAGCUUUUCGAAAGCACUGGUGCUCAGGGAGGACGAUGCAGACACUGAGAUCUGUCUAUCGCUGCGACCCGAGGCAAGAAGCGCAAGGAACUCAUGGCAAGACUGGAAAGAGUUCCGAGUCUUUUCCAUAUCACCCGGUAAAGGCUGGAGCGAACAUUGCCGAGGCCGCAUCCGCGCUGUCGUCGAUCAAGGUAUUCUCGCAGAGGCUCUCAAGGACACAACUGGAGUCAAGGACCGCAUCGCCGCCUCGGUUCCUCACCACAUCACUUCCAAUCGAUUGUACGCCACUGCACGUCAAGUUGGCAUGGAAUGGUACGGUCCAUUCGACAAUGUCGUGAAUCUUCAAGCAAGAACCGAUUUGAGUGUGGCGACAAACAGAAUGCCAACGUUGUUGAGCUCGGCUCAUCCAUUUGGGCUAUCGACAUAUGUUGUGCAUCCCGGCAUGCUUGACUCAACUCUUUUCCAUGGAUUGGUCGCCAGUGUCCUAGUUGAGCAGGAGGUUAAGGCGCCUGUGGUACCUACUUUCCUUGAACAACUUACUAUCUCGACUGCUAUCCAAGUUCCUGAAGGGGAAGAGUUACGCACCUACUCCGUGUCUAGGGAGGAGGGUUCUUGCUGGAGCGCCCAGGUUGAGUUGAACGGAGAGUCCGUCAUAAGCUUCCAUGGACUAAGAACCGCUCAACUUCCCAGUGAUGUAGUAAACACUCGGCCUCAUCAGUUGGCACACAGCCCAGAGUGGGUAUGCCAUUAUCCAAGUAUGACACGAGAACAGCUCAUCGAUACUUGCAUCAACUCAGUCCCUGCUGGAUCUGCUAGACAACGCAAUAUCGUCCUCUACGCUGAUGUUCGAGCUCACGUGGAGCGGGCUCUCAGCCAUGUCCAGCCAGACCAAGUUGCCUCUGGUCACGAGCAGUCUUGGUACAACUGGAUGAAAUCGUUUUUGGCCACAGAGCCUGAUUCUUCUGAUGUCGUAUCCGAGGCUAGAGAGGCAACAAAGUCGGAAAAGUUUGUUGGGUUUGACGCAGUAAAGAUCAUCGGAGAGAAUCUUGAGCAGCUCCUAACAGGCGAGGUCACCUCUCUUUCCCUCUUGUCCACCAAUGAUAUGCUCGAAAGACUGUACUCAGAGGAGCGCAACCAACGCUGUUAUACACAGAUUAGUGCAUAUUGCAAGGCUGUUGGCUUGUAUAAUCCAGCUUUGAAAGUGCUCGAGGUUGGAGGUGGUACAGCUUCCGCUACCCUACCCUUUCUACAAGCAUUGUCUCAUCAAGGCCAUCCGUUGGUUGCGCAGUACGACUUUACGGAUCUUUCGACAGCUUUCUUUGCUGCCGCCCGCGAGCGUCUGGGCCAGUAUGGUCACAAUGUCAAUUACGAGGCCUUUGAUCUCGCCCAGGAUCCUGAAACUCAAGGUUUUGAACCUGGCAGCUACGAUAUCAUCGUUGCGUGCAAUGUCGUUCACGCUACUCCCAGCAUCGCAUCAUCUCUGGAGCAUAUUCGCCAACUCCUUCGUCCGGGUGGAACGCUGGUACUUAUGGAGAUUACCAACGGUGAUCCCUUCUACCAACUCAUCUUUGGUUCCCUUUCCGGAUGGUGGUCUGGCGUCAGCGAAGGACGAGAAUCCACGGCUAUUCUAUCAGAAUAUGACUGGAAGAACGUGCUGGCAGAACAAGGUUAUCAGUCAGAUCCAAUCAUGGUAGGCGACUAUGCCACAUCUGAAGGAGGCACGAUUAGUGUCAUUUUUGCCAAGACUCCGCUCGAAUCUCGACGUGAUCAUCUCAGCGAGACUUCACUACAUUUCGCGACUGAUCUAUUUGCCGAUUCGUCAGCAGGCUAUCUUGACAAUGUCGCUGAGCACCUCGGACAGAAAUCCGAGCUUAGCCUGCGACAAAUCACGACCGGCAACUUGGAAAGCAUAAAAGACAUCGAUAGCACUGUGGUGGUAAUAGAUCCUGAGACAAUCGAGGCUCUUGCGGGUCGCAUGGACGCAUCUCUAUGGGAGAAGUUCCAAAAGUGCGCCUUGUCCUGCAAGGGUCUGCUCUUGGUUUCGCGAGGCGCAACUGGUAGCUCGGUCGUUCCUGAAGGAGCUUUGGCCGUUGGCUUCGCCCGAUCUAUGAGGUUGGAACAGCAUGGCAUUCGAUACAUCACGCUCGAUCUUGACCCAAGUGUUGAUCGCGAUGCCAAUGAGUUGAGCCGGGUUCUGGCUCAACUUCUGACCUCGGAGACAUUUGACUUUGAUCGCACUAUCUCUGAUGCCGACUAUGAGUUUGCUGAGCGUAAGGGACAAUUGCACGUGAAUCGACUAUUCCCCAAUGUCAAGCUCGAGGAGAGUGUAGCACACUCAACUAGGAGAAGCAAGCCUGAGCAGACCGAGUUCCUGGAUACUUCGCGUCCACUGAAGGUCGAGCUCGGUGUGGAUGGACUGCUGGAGACCUUCCGAUGGGUCGACGACCAUCAACAUGCGCGCAGCUUGGCACCAGACGAAGUUCGCAUUGAAUGUCGUGCUGCCAGUAUCAACUUCCGUGACGUUCUUAUUGCUACCGGUGGACUCGGCGGUGCUGGAACCAUGAUGAACGACUGUGCCGGUACAGUGGUCGAGGUCGGCAGCAACAUGGCUUCGCGCUAUUCAGUUGGCGAUCGAGUCUGCAGCUACUAUGCUCAGUCUUACAACAACUACCCUAUCGUUGAUGGACAGCAUUGUGCAAAGAUCCCAGACAAUGUCUCGUUUGCUUUGGGUGCCUCUUUACCCAUCGUGUGGGCAACAACGUAUCACUCACUUGUCAACGUGGCCAAGCUCAAAGCGGGAGAGUCCAUUUUGAUUCAUGCUGCUGCUGGAGCAGUCGGUCAAGCCGCUGUCAUCCUGGCUCAGCACCUGGGAGCCGUGGUGUAUGCCACUUGCGGUUCGCAGGAGAAGCGCGAGCGUCUUGAAAGCAUGGGCGUCAACCCGAGUCAUAUCUUUACAAGCCGCUCUCCCGCCUUUGGACCUGCUCUUCGUGCUGCGACUAACAACAAGGGCGUCAAUGUCAUCUUGAACUCUUUGGCCGGUGAGCUAUUCCGAGAGUCUUUGGAGUGCCUCACGUCUUUUGGUCGCUUCAUCGAGAUUGGAAAGAAGGACUUUCUCGAUGAUGCGCUGAUGCCAACCAAGUUCUUACUUCAAAACAUCACCUUUGCAUGUGUUGAUCUGGUCCAAAUGAUCAACGAGGACAAGCCACUUGUCCACGGUUUGCUCAAUGAUGUCGUCGAAUUGGUGGCAAGCGGACAAUUGAAGGAUGAAGUAAAUCUGCAACUUUACAAGCUUGGAGAAAUCGAGUCGGCCUUCCGCCUCAUUUCGGCUGGAAAACAUAUGGGCAAAGUCAUCUUGACAGUCGAUCAAGGCGAGACUGUUUUGGCUCUUCCAGCAACCCCCAACAUUCCAAAGCUCCUGCCUGAUGCCACCUAUCUUUUGGUUGGUGGUUUUGGUGGCCUUGGAGUUCGUCUCAUCAGAUGGCUUGCUUCGAGAGGGGCAAAGACUAUUGUAACUAUGUCUCGAUCAGGAGCCAAGUCCCCUGCUGCAAAGACAUGUAUCGAGGAGAUGGACAGCCUCGGCGUGAGAAUCAUUGCCAAAUCAUGCGAUAUUUCUUCCAAGGAGGCUUUACAAGUUGUGGUAAAAGAACUUGAGGAUGUCGACGGGUUGGCCCCAGUCCGCGGUGUCAUCAAUGCCGCCAUGGCUCUCGAGGAUGCCAUGUUUGAUCAGAUGACCCAUCAGCAAUGGGUAUCGUCGCUAGCACCCAAGGUUGCAGGCACCCGUAACCUAGAUGAGGUUCUGCCAAACUACAUGGACUUUUUCGUUGUUUUGUCUUCGAUUGCUGGAAUCAUCGGCCAUCAAGCUCAGGCAAACUACGCAGCAGCCUGUACUUUCCAGGAUGCUUUCAUGCACUAUCGCCGAAGCCAAGGUCGAGCCUCCUUCGCAAUCGAUGUUGGAGUCGUUAGCGAUGCUGGCUUUGUCAGUGAGGCUCCGGCUGUCUUUUCCAACAUGAAACGUCAGGGCUUCUCUUUCAUCUCAGUCGCUGAGCUCCUUGCGACGCUCGACUAUGCUCUUAGCAACGACGGGCCAGAUUGUCAAGCUAGCAUUGGUGUGAUGGCUGAGGCCAGCCCAAACAACGCUGAAUGGUUGGAGCAGAGGCGCAUCUCGCAUCUGGUCAAAGAUUCUGCUAAUGGUGCGGCGGGUUUGAACGAGGGCAGCGGUAGUGACGCAGAUCACAUUGGUCACAUCAGGAGUGCAAAGACAGCCGAGGAGGCUCUCGACGCUGUGGGACAAGCGGUUCUAGCUGAGUUGAGCAAGUUGACCGUCACUCCAGUGGAUCGCAUCCUUCCUCACCGGACGCUUGAUUCCUAUGGCGUUGACUCACUGGUGGCGGUGGAGUUGCGAAACUGGGUUGUGGCAAUCGUAGCAGCGGAUCUCUCUCUUCUCUUGAUUCGUGAGUCCAGGAGCAUCGAGGAACUCAUCCACUUGGUUGCAGGGAAAUCAAGAUUGGUCCCAGCCAAGCUUCAGGAUGCUGUUUCGAAGCUGGCUUGA